AUGAAACAACUUAAGAAAGAUGAAAUAGUAUUACAUCACUAUGAUUAUUUGAAUGAUAAUGAAUUAAAGCUUAUAUUUCAAUAUAAAGAUAUUACAAGUAAUACAUCUAAAGUUGAAAUUAAUAUUGAAGGGUGUAAUAUUGUGAACCAUUCUGGAUGGUCCAUUCCAAUUACUUUUCUUUUUCAAAAAGGUGUUUCAAUUAAUAUAAUGAUGUUUAUCACUAGGCACAAGAGCGAAUCAUCUUAUCGAAUUUAUGCAAAACCUUUUAAUCAACAAAGAGAAAAUGCUAUCUCACUAUUAAUUAAUAGUGUUGAAAAACCAGUGGUUUAUGAAGAUUUACAAGAAAUUUCUGAUAAAGCUAACACAUCAAAUGAUGAUUUACAGAAAGUUAUACAACCAAGGGUCAGUGAUAAUAAUUCACAAAAAACUUUGGUUAAUAAUAAUGAACCAACAACUUUAAAUAAGAAUGUGAAGGUCAUAAAACUAUUUUGUCAACCACUCUGCAUUAAUUCAAAUAUAAAUCUUUCAGUACAUGCUAAUACUUUAAAAAAAACUUCACUUGUUGGACCACAAAGUCUUGCACAUACUAAUGCUUCAAAAAAAAAGUUGUCACAUACUGAAUUAUUAGCUUUUAAUGAUAGUAAUGAGGAAGAUAAUGUUCAUGCUACUACUUACAUAAAAAUUAUUAUAAUAUUACAGCAGAACAUAUCAAUAUUCAUUAGAAUUAAUAAAUAA